AUGGCUGGGUUUUGUUAUCAUCAGGAACAGCUGGAGUUUGCCUGAUUGGCCCUCUCCCAGCCUGCUUUGUUAUCUCUCUUGGAAAAAAACCACAAGAAUGUUGCUUUGAAGGAACUUCACGAGUUAUACCUUCGGAAUACUUCGACCUUUCAAGUGACAGCCUGGUAGGUGCUCUGUGAAAAGCAUCCUGAGUGGAGGACACUGUGGAAGACCCCGCGAUGGCCUGUGUUGUUGUGCCAUUGUUCUGGAAGGCCCAGGCCUUGAAGGGUCUGUGGGCUCUAGGCCGAGCUCCCGCUAGAGCCUUCAGCCGAUGUCACCCAGUGCUGGCAGCUCAGAAUUUCUCAGACUAUGAAUCCAUUCAAGAACAAUAUAAACCAGAAGUGCCAGAACACUUCAACUUUGCAAAAGAUGUGCUGGACAAGUGGGCCCAGAUGGAAAAGGAGGGAAGAGGACCCUCCAAUCCAGCUCUUUGGUGGGUCAGUGACCAAGGAGAGGAAGUGAGAUGGACUUUCGAGGAGCUGACGGCUGCAUCCAAGAAAGCAGCCAACGUGCUUUCUGAGCAGUGUGGCCUGCGGAAGGGAGACCGAGUUAUAGUGAUCCUGUCGCGGAUACCCGAGUGGUGGCUUUUGAACGUGGCUUGUAUGCGAACAGGGACCGUUAUUAUUCCUGGGACGACGCAGCUGACUGCAAAAGACAUUCUACACCGACUGCAAGCGUCCCGAGCCAAGUGUGUCAUCACUGACCAAGUUUUGGCCCCAGCCGUAGACAGUGUAGCUUCCAAGUGCCCGUCUCUAGCAUUCAAGCUAAUAGUGUCAAGGGACCGCCGGGAUGGCUGGCUCAGUUUCUGCGACUUGUUGAACCUUGCACCUGCUGACCACCACUGUGUGGCCACAAAGAGCUGUGAGCCAAUGGCGAUCUACUUCACCAGCGGCACAACAGGUGCUCCCAAAAUGGCUGAGCAUUCCUACAGCAGCCAGGGAAUUGGACUUGCUCUCAAUGGAAGAUACUGGCUUGAUCUGACCCCCAAGGAUCUGAUUUGGAACACUUCUGACACGGGCUGGGCCAAGUCUGCCUGGAGCAGCAUCUUUGCGCCAUGGAGCCAGGGGGCAGGCGUCUUCGUCCACAGCAUGCCGCGUUUCGAGCCAAAGCCUGUCCUUGAAACGUUGUCAAGGUUUCCCAUCACAACUUUCUGUUCCGCACCUACUGCUUACCGGAUGCUCGUAUGCCACAAUCUAAGCAGUUACAACUUCCACAGCCUGAAACACUGCGUGAGCGCUGGAGAGCCCAUGAACCCUGAAGUAAUGGAGGACUGGAAAAGAGAAACCGGCUUAGAUAUCUACGAAGGCUACGGGCAGACAGAAACGGUGCUGAUCUGUGGAACUUUCAAGGGAAUGAAAAUUAAGCCUGGCUCUAUGGGAAAGCCCUCUCCUGCAUACGACACUCAGAUAAUAGAUGAAGACGGCAAUGUUUUGCCUCCCGGGAAAGAAGGCGAUAUUGCCAUCAGAAUAAAACCAACGCGUCCAUUUUGCCUCUUCGCUCAGUACACGGAUGAUCCCGAAAAGACGGCCUCAACCAUACGUGGAAGUUACUACAUCACUGGAGACAGAGGGAUUAGAGAUGAAGAUGGCUACUUCUGGUUCAUAGGAAGAGCUGACGAUGUCAUCAAUUCGGCCGGGUACCGCAUUGGGCCAUUUGAAGUGGAAAGCGCUUUGAUAGAACAUCCAGCCGUUGUAGAAUCCGCUGUCGUCAGCAGCCCAGAUUCCCUCAGAGGAGAGGUUGUGAAAGCCUUUGUUGUUUUGGCCCCUGAUUACGUCUCACAUGAUCCCGAAGUGCUAACCAAGGAGCUUCAGGAUCACGUCAAAAAGGCCACUGCCCCGUACAAGUAUCCGAGAAAGGUGGAGUUUGUGCCACAUUUGCCAAAGACCGUCAGCGGGAAGAUCAGAAGAAACGAAUUGCGCAAGAAGGAGUGGGGGGAAGCAUAGAGCCCGGCAAUCGCUUCCAAGAGUUUGUUCCGAGAACAUAGAGCUUUGUAUUGUUUCCUUGUGUGUUGGCGCCUGAUGCAAGACUUGCACGUCCACUCCCUCCAGAGAGCUCAAGGAAUUACAAGAAAGUACAGGGUCAGACCUUUGGGUGAGGAUGAACACUUGAGCCGCCUCCCCCCAGCUCUGCAAGAAAUCCUAAGAUAUCCUGCCACGUUAACCAAUGUCAAGUCUAGCUCUGCUUCCAGAUGUUCAGUUGCGUAAGAACGUUGCAUUAUCCCCUCAAAAGCCACAAACAAGAUUUCCUUCCAAAGCUAAAGAGCGCCAUGGAUCUGCCGGGGGCUGAAGGAUGGAGGGCUGAGGCCAGACAUGUGAUCAGACACAGAAUCUGGUUCCUUCCUUCUGCCCUGAGCGACAAGCUGUUCCACACAGGGCAUGUGGCCAGGGUAGGCCACUCACUCAGACCGCUUGGCAUCAAAUUCUAGCCCCCUUAAGAGGUAGCACUGUAAUAUGUCACACUGGUAAAAGCGUGGAGCAAAUUUAAACCAGUUUCCCUGCAUCACUGACACUUCAGUGUGCCUCCCAGUCUUAACAUUACCAGUUCUUACCCCUGACAAGUCUCUUUGCCCAACUGAGCCCCUGGUCUGCAUAGGCUAGGGAUGUGUCCAGCAUAAAAAUCUGGCUACAACCCAAUUUCAGCAAAGGAGACCUCGCCUUCGUUUGUAAGUAUGCAUACAAGCUCAUUGGAGAGAGGUAUUCCCCUCAGCCCUCCAAGUGAGAAUACCUGUAGAGCAUUCAUACUAGUGUUUCCCUGCUAGCUCUAACAGAUGACUUGUACCACAGCCGCAAAAGAGGUGGGGCUGUUUUGAUCACACGGGGUGCAAUCCCACCAAAAUGAAAGCCCCACUGAUUUCAGCGGGAGAGUUCAAUACACAGCUCUCACGCUGAAAUCCAUGGAACCUGAAUGUGUUUCAUAUUGGCCGAAUUGCAGCCUUAAUAUCAGUCAGAGGUUUAUGGGGGUGCCUAGUUAUCUCUCCCAAUCCCCAUUAGUUCUAGAAUUACACCAUACCACAGAUGGGCAGAGAUGCCAUCAUUAAUACUUGCAAGGACCGUGUAAGUUUAAACUGCAAGUUCAAAAGCUACUGAAACCACAAAAGCUGAAAUUUUAGAAAUUUUAUUCCACUUGUGAGCCUUAAUUCUUGCAGAUUACAUAAAAUGAUUUAACAAAGAACCUCCAAUUCCGAGAUUCCAAGAAGGACACUGCACUGCCUCUUAGUCUUAAAAACACUUUAAGACACAAAACCCAAUGCCCCUCUUCAUGCCUUCCACAAUGAUGGCUGUUUGCUAUCAAGCACAGAGAGCAGCCCAGGCACAUGACUUCAUAAGUCGAACAACUGUUCCUAAGUCGGCACUGAAGCCUGUCUCCGUAGGCAUUCCAGAAACCUAACAUAAUGGCCAUUUGAUCCCUUUAAAUGAAUGGCCCAAGCUCUCCCUCUCCAGCUGUUGAAAUGCCUUGGUAUUUGCAUGCAGGCUUAGAAAAUACAAGUUUAAUGGCAAACUGGUGCAGCCACUGGGCUUUUCAAGGCCUCACUACAGCCUUGCGCUGAAUUCACCGAAGCAGUGGAUUCAGAGACAACAUUCCAUGGAUCACAAGGUUAGCAGGUUUCCUUUGGAGUUAGUUGCUUUGUUGAAAAAAAGAAAACUAAGGAUCAGUUUAUAAAGCACCAUGCUUUUAUUUUAUUCCAUUAAUAAAGACUAAAAAGGACAUUAAAACCAUGAUAGCUGUAUUAUAGAUCACUUCCAAAGGCAGAAAAAGGACAAAGCCCCGUGGUACUGUUCUUAUUUUUAAAACUCAAGAUGCAUGUAUGGUUUCAGUUAUCUAAUGAUGUCAAUGUAAUCUGCACAUUCUUAAAAAUAAACAGUUGUAAGCUUGGGA